AUGAAAAAAAACAAGAAAACCCCCCCUCUUCGUCACACCAGCAGAGAGAAAAUAAUCAAAAGCUGUAUUGCUCAGACUUCCAAUGUAGUAAAAACUCUCCGAGAAGAGAGGGAGAAGGCCCAGGAUAACGUAGCAUUAUUAAAGCAGCUCAGGCAAGAGCAGACAAAGUUGAAGCUGAUGCAGUCUGAGUUGAAUGUGGAAGAAGUAGUAAACGACAGAAGCUGGAAGGUAUUUAAUGAGCGCUGCAGAAUUUACUACAAGCCUCCAAAGAGCCAAUGAUGCAAGGAUGCUUCCCCUGAAGUUGUUCUACAAUCAUGAGAGCAAAGCUGAAGAGACAUGGGGCAAGCUGUGAGGGACCUUUCCAGAACCAGGAGAACCCAGUCUCAUUUUGUUUUCAGACUCACCUAGUUAAAAUCUCACGUUCAGCUGAUUCUCCUAAUUAAGAGAAACCAACUCCUAUUUUGUACAAAAUGUGAAAAAUGAAUACAUUUUAUAACUAUUAAAAAAAUGUCAGAUGGAAUGAGAUACUACCACUUU